AUGACCCCCUACAAACUCAGCCUCUGGCUACGAAUCGCCAAGCUGACCCCUUCUCAUCCCUUGGCCUGGAGAAUAGAGUGGCUCAGGGAUAGGCGGGAAGGGACCGGAGGGAGCCACAAGUCUGCACCCAGGCGGGGAGGAAGCGGGCGGGUGCCGCUCCGCAGGCGCAGGCCGCAGGGGCGGAAGCGGAGGGCAGGGGACUGCAUUACCGUCCCCGAAGCGGGACGCGAACCAGGAGAGUUGGGAGAAGAGCCUCCGAGCCGGGGAGCUGAGCAUGCUGCCCCCGCGUGCAGCGCCCGCGUGCACCCAGCCCAGAGAGGGGGCGACAGGGCGGAGGCGGUGGCCCCCGGAAGGUGUCUGGGACCGGACCGGCUGCACGUGAGCCCAGCGCGGAGUCAUGUGCACCGGCUCAGCCCGGUUCGGCGGCCGGACGUGCUGCGUAUCAACAAAAUGAAACUCAGGGCGACAGGAGGGCAGAUAGGUCCAGGUCCUCUGAACCCCCAUCCCCGGCAGAACGACCUCCCCACCACUGCUGUCUCCCGCCGCAGCCCCUCCGCGCGGCCGGAGCCCGCGGGGCAAGUUGCAGCCCUAGCGCGCCCCCGCCCGCCCGCGCCCCCUCACCGGCCCGGGGGCGCUUUGCCGCAGUCAUUAAUAAAGAAGGUCGCCAAGCUCACCCUUCCAAAAGUUGUUGUUGCAUGCGCCCCUCUCAGCCUCCCCGCAAUGGGCGCUGCCCUGGACUACGCGCCGCGGCGGGGGCCGGCGCGGGAAGGAUGCUCCCGAAACCCGGAGCUCCUGGGGCCGGCGCGGGCGGGCGGGGGGCGCGCAUCCAUCCGGGGUCGCAGCGAGGGAGGCGGCCGGGCCUGCGGCGUCCCCGGCCCCGCACCCCUGCUGGGGACGGUCAGCCCGCUGGACCUAAGCCCUUGCCGCUAG